AUGGGCGGGAGGGCCGGUCUGCAAACCGCCAGCCCCACCUGCCUGCCGGGCCGGACGCUGCACCCGACGGGCUCUGGCAAGAUGCUGGGCUGGAGUCUGCUGCUGCUGCUGGCUUCCGUGGGGCGCAGCGAGGCGGCGGAUGGAGAAGUCAAUGCAGAGGCCUGGCUCCGGCUCUAUGGUUACCUCCCGCAGUCCAGCCGGCAGAUGUCCACCAUGCGCUCGGCGCAGACCCUGGCCUCCGCGCUCUCCGAGAUGCAGAGGUUCUACGGGAUCACGGUGACGGGCGUCCUGGACGAGGAGACCAAGCUGUGGAUGAGGCGGCCCCGCUGUGGUGUCCCGGAUCAGUUUGGAGUCCACAUCAAAGCCAACAUGCGGCGGAAGCGGUACGCGCUCACCGGGCGGCGCUGGAGCCAAACCCACCUGACCUUCAGCAUCCAGAACUACACGGAUAAGCUGGGGCGGUACCACUCGUACGAGGCCAUUCGCCGAGCCUUCCGGGUGUGGGAGCAGGCCACGCCCCUUGUCUUCCAAGAGGUCCCCUAUGAUGACAUCAGGCACAAGAGGAGGAAGGAGGCCGACAUCAUGGUGCUCUUUGCCUCCGGUUUCCAUGGAGACAGCUCCCCCUUCGAUGGUGUGGGGGGCUUCCUGGCCCAUGCGUAUUUCCCCGGCCCCGGGAUGGGAGGAGACACGCACUUUGACUCGGACGAGCCCUGGACACUGGAGAACACUGACGUGUCUGGCAACAAUCUUUUCCUGGUGGCCAUCCACGAGCUGGGGCACUCGCUGGGGCUGGAGCACUCCAGCAAUCCCAGCGCCAUCAUGGCCCCCUUCUACCAGUGGAUGGACACGGAGAACUUCCAGCUGCCCGAGGAUGACCUCAAGGGCAUCCAGCAGUUGUACGGUGCCCCUGAUGGACAGCCCCAGCCCACCCGGCCCCUCCCUACGGUGACUCCCCGCGGCCCUGGAAAGCCAGACCACAGACCCCCCAAGCCACCUCCCCCCGGUAAACCAGAUCGGCCCCCGAAACCAGGCAACCCGGACCGGCCCCGAACCACCGACCGGCCCGACCAGUACGGGCCCAACAUCUGUGAUGGGGAGUUCGACACCGUGGCUGUGCUGCGCGGGGAAAUGUUUGUGUUUAAGGGCCGAUGGUUCUGGAGGGUUCGCCAUAACCGGGUGCUGGACAACUACCCCAUGCCCAUCGGGCACUUCUGGAGAGGCCUCCCUGGGGACAUCGACGCCGCCUACGAGAGGCACGACGGCAAAUUCGUGUUCUUCAAAGGGGAUCGGUACUGGCUCUUCCGAGAGGCAAACCUGGAGCCCGGGUACCCGCAGCCCCUCACCAGCUAUGGGCAGGGCAUCCCCUACGACAAGAUCGACACUGCCAUCUGGUGGGAGCCCACGGGACACACCUUCUUCUUCCGCGGGGACAGGUACUGGCGCUUUAACGAGGAGACCCACUCCGUGGAUCCUGGCUACCCGAAGCUGAUCACCGUGUGGGUGGGAGUCCCUCCCACGCCCAAGGGAGCCUUCCUGAGCUCGGAUGCCUCGUACACCUAUUUCUACAAAGGCACCAAGUACUGGAAGUUCGACAAUGAGCGGUUGAAGACGGAGCCGGGGUACCCCAAGUCCAUCCUGCGGGACUUCAUGGGCUGCCACGAGGCACUGGUGCCGGACCCCGACCCUGGGCACCGAUGGCCUGACCUGGACAGACCUCCCUUCAACCCGGAUGGCAGGGGCACGGGCGAUGACCGGGAGGGGGACGAAGGGGAGGCCGAAGCACGCCCCGGCGACCGGGAGGAGGAGGAGGAGGAGGAGGAGGACUACGGCGGCCCCACCCGGGGCAGCGGCAACGACGUGGACAUCGUGGUGCAGAUAGACAAGUACACGCGGACCAUGAGCAUCGUCAUGGUGAUGGUGCCCCUGGUGCUGCUGCUUUGCGUUCUGGGCCUCAUCUACGCCAUCAUCCAGAUGCACAGGAAGGGGGCCCCUCGGAUGCUGCUCUACUGCAAACGCUCCUUGCAGGAGUGGGUCUGAUCCUGGACCCCCCCCCCCCCCCCUGACCCCCCCCGCCCCCAGCCCGAUCCCCUCUCCCACCACCAUGGUGCUAACAAAGAAACUUGAGAAGACGAAGCCCCUGGAGCCUUUCCCGGACGACUUACACCGAGAUUUUGCACAUUGAGUUGAAUGCGCUCGGCCAGGCCUGCUUCCCCCUUGAGCAUGUCGGAGACGCCCCACUACAGACUCCUCCGUGCCUACAGCCACCCCUGCCCUUCCCUGAAUCAAGGCCGCCUGUGGGCCCCUCCCUGCUGAAGGAGAGGGGGGUUGCCCCACGAUCUGGGUUGCUCCCAGUGUUCCCGCUGGGCGAGGGAGACCAUGUCCGUGCGCUGCAGCCCCUGAUCUCUCGUCGCUGCGGGGCUGGCAUUGGGGAGCGGCCAUUUGCUGGGGGCCCCCAUCUCUGCUUCACAGAAGCACCUGGGCCCCGAGUGCCAAACCCCCCACGGGAGGGGACAGCUGGGUGGGUUUCCCUUAUGGCCCUCCUGAGCCAUGGGGGUCUCUCCCCCGUUCUCAGAUGCCACCUCCCUCGGCUGCGUUCUCGGGUCGGCGCCCAGUCACAGCUCGGAGGGGCAGAACUCGAAAUGCUUCCUCAGCUAGGCUCUUCCCCCAGCAAUCAGCCCUCCUGGUCCUGGAUGUUUCCCUUGGGCGCCCAUCCACAUGUCGUGUGUGUGUUGUCUGUGCCGUGUCCUGGCUGGGCCCGUGGAGCAGAGGGAGGGGAUCCUGGUCUAGGUGGUUCACCCCUGCCAAGUCACCAGUCUGAUCAAUCCCAGGGGGGUACGUCCCCCAACCCGCAGAAAGGGAAGCCUUUUCCCAGGUGAGGUCCUAUAGGAGAGGCCUGGCUCUUUGGUUCAUCCGAGGCAGUCUGGCUCUGAUGUCUGUUUCAAGCUCCCCUCCCUGUCUCCUCGUGUCGGUGGUCUUUGCAGCCCUGCUCCUCCCCGGGGCGGGUGGGCCAGCCGCUCAGUGCACUGCCCUGGGGGAGUGGGAAGCCAUCUCCCCGGCCCCUCUUCUCGCUCACCCGGACGGUGCUAACAUCUAGCAGCCGCUUUUCCCCACACAGCGCGCUAGCAGCGGGGCCCAGGGGAAACGGCCUCGUCCAGGAGCUUCUCCCCAUGGCCACCCUUGGGCUGUGGACAUUGGCUUUCCUGGGCAUUUCAGUGCCAAGCUACAGCAAGGGGAGGGUGGUGGGGUCGUCAGGGUGCACGGGCCAGCUGGAGAACUGGAUUCCAAUCCUGGCUCAGGUCCCAGGUGACAUGAGUUUGAUGGCCUCAGCCUUGUGUCUAGCAGGGAUUGGAAUGUGGACUGACCAGGAUUAUACAUCUGAGCCUGUGGCUAGAGUAGCUGGGGGGCUGCAGGGCAGAGGGGCACUGGCUGAGCUGGGGGAGGGCCCGGGGCUGGGAUAGCAGGGGGGCUGCAGGGCAGGGCGGAGGGGCACUGGCAGACCUGGGGGGGGCCCGGGGCUGGGAUAGCAGGGGGGCUGCAGGGUAUUGGCAGAGCAGACGGUGCAAGAGAAGCCCGGCUCCGGCUGCUGCUGGUUGGUUUCCGAGGCGUGCUGAGCUGGGCUUUCUGGCCCAGGCAGACGGGGUGGAGGUGACCUCACUGUGUUUAUUUCCUGUUUAACUGUUUGCAGCUGGGAAACGAGGGAGGGAGCCUAAAGAUAGCAGAGGUCUCUGGAAGGCUGGCCGGGAGCUGAGGGCCUGUGCUUCUCCCAGCCCCAGCGACACUGGUCAGUUCCCAUCGGGGCCUCCGUCCAUUGGGAAGAUGCUCUGACGAUGGAACUUGCCCUGUAGCUGCUUUUCAUCCGCUUCCUUCUCCCCCGCACACCCACUUCCGAGCCAAACAGCAGCCUCCGGGGCCUGUGGGAAAUGGGGCUGGGAAAGCAGAAGCUGCGGCGCCCAGCCCCCGCUGCCCCAGAGCCGUGCGGGCGCUCAGAGCCUGAGAGCGCCGUGCGCGGGGGACAAGCCGCUCUGGGAAGGGGCACGGGGGGGAGUGCGGCUUAGAAACUUUGCUCCAUAAAAGCUUUUGUGGGAGCCCAGGGACGGCCCGACCCAGGCUCGCAGCCAUGGCAGACCUGUUCAGCCUCUGGAGACGGGGCGGCGAGGCAGGCUAGAUGCUGUCCCAGUUUGGGCAGCAGCCUGGCAAGCCCCAGAUUAGCAGACACUGUACAGGUUCCUUGUAACUACGCCCCUGAAUUCGACUGUGCCUUAUCGGGCACACCUCUUCCCGGAGAGCUGGGAUCCACCAGGAAAGGUUGCGUAGCGGGAGCAAGGGGGCUCUGAACACCCAACCUCCGUGGGCGCAGCUGAGGCCUUCCUGCCUUUUUCCUGAACCAGAGAGCGGCACCCACUCGGCAGAUCCCACCCGCUCCAUUCUUGCACCAGACGUGCCGGCUUUCCCCUGCACGGGGAAAUUGUCCCAGCACCGCCGAUGGGCGCAAGGUGCAGAAGCGGGUGGGAUUUACUGUGGGUUCCCAAUGCCUGAACUCUGGGCCAGAACCGGCCUGGCCAAAUCUGCUUUUUUUUCAUGGUUGAGUAAAAUAGUGGUGGUUUUGUUAUCAUGGUCAAGAGCCAGCAAGUACCGUUUGUGUCUGGGCUAGUCCGUUUCCCUGGCAGUUUUGCCCAGGCGAAGGGGAUGUGUCUAGGCGGGGGGGAUCGGUGUUUGCUGCACACCACAGGGAUGAAUAGGCUGCUUGGGCCAAAGAUUAAAAGCCAGCUUCUCCCCGGCUGGAAAUCAGCGUCUCUCCAUUGACUUGGACGAGAGCCUCCGCAGGCGUAAAUGGAUGUGGUGCCACUGAAGUCAAUGGACUAGAUCCCCAGUUGGUGAAACCAGUAAAGCCCCAUUGGCUUCAGGGGAGCGAUGCCAGUUUAGACUCGCUGAGCUCUGGCCCCGUGGGUGUCCUUCCCUGCCCCUGACGCUGAGCUGGAGGUGAGACGGCACCACCGGGUCCCUGGGCCAGGUCUCACUGUGUGGCGGGAGGCUACAGGCUUGCUUCCAUACCGGUGCCUCUGGCAGGGCAGUUCACUCAGUGCCCCAGGGGGAAACUGUCCAGGAUCCCAGAGGACUCCCUGAACCCUCCCAGGGCAGCCUGGUUUGAUCGGCAGGUGAGGACCAUUGAUAAUACAGCACUCUAGGUUCCCAGGGUCCCAGUCAGCAGAGCCACUUGUUCUCCCUCACCCCAGGGUGCUGCUCCCCUGUGGGCACCUCAGCUAUUAUCACAAAGGCAGGCGUUUCUCCCAGGACAUGGGGCUGCCGGGCAUGUUCUUUCUCAGCCCUCGGGAUCGGGGGCAGUCUCACUGGAGUCCCCCGGAGCUUGGCUCCCUGGAGCAGUCGUCACUCAGUACCCCUCCGUGGGAAAGCACAGGCUCCCGGCUUCCCCGUCAGCGACCAUGGGGCCACCUUUGUUUGGAAAAAGCCUUUUGUUGGCUCCAGCCGCUUGUCUUUCCCAUUUGGAGCGUUCCCAGCGCUGAUCGGCCAAAGCCGUUCCCCUCUUUGAGCCCAUCUGGAAGCUGGAGCUGGGCCGAGGCCAGGCACUCGCAGAGCCCUUGGCUUUAAUGAAUGGAAAAUUGUUCCAUUUUUAAGCGCACAGGUGUGCGCUGGAGAAAGUGCAUUUCGGGCCAGGGCUGGCCCAGAGCCCAGCUCCCGCUUCGCUCUGCCUUGGGGCAGGAAUUCCACGCCCUGCCUUCCCGAAGGCGGCCCGGCUCCGCUGGGGCAGCAUCCCCCCCAGGGGACCCUUUCACCUCGCUGACCCUCCUGCAGGGGUGAGCUCACCAUGGCGUGAGACUGAUGGUCCUCUCCACGCCGACGCCUGCUCGGAAAGGGCCCCAAAGCGACGUCUGGCCCAGUCGCGCAGCAUUAGCAAGGCAGGCCGGGGUUAGGUUCCCAAGGCUGUCAGACCCUCAGCCUCAGAGGAAUUUAGCUACCUAACUUCCAGGAUCGGGGCCUCAGCGCCAACAGGCCCCAUUGAAAUGUGAGCCUGAGGCUCCCUAGCAGGGCACAGGGCACCAACACUUGAGGUGGUGACCACCACCCCCCAAUUCCUCCAGGUCAGCUGCCUCUGAGGAGGGGCUGUUCCUGUGGCCUGACAGCUCUCCCCACCCCAUGUCUCCCUCUGUCCCCGCAUCCUGUCCAUGCCCCCAUCAGCACGGGGGAAAUGGGACUGGAUGGGAGGGUAACUAAUCCUACCCACCUCAGCUCUGCGCCAGCAGCCAUGGCGGUAAACAGGGGGCCCCUGGCAGUAGCGUGAGAGGUCGUGUCCCAUGGGCAUGGAGGCUCAUGGUGACAGCCCGCCAGGCCAUGCCCUAUCUCUUGUGGUGUCUGUCUGUCUGUCUCUCUCUCGUGUGUACACGUGUGUUUGGUUUUUUUUAACGUCCAUGCUGGUCAUGUUUAACUGCUACACAAUAAAUCCUACCAAGCCA